AUCGAGCGCCUCGGAGCAUUUGAAGCACCCUCUGUUUUCUGACCCCACACCCCCCCAGGCGACUAUCAGACGGCGCGCAGGCCACGAGACCAGGCGGCCGCCCUCUUCCCGGACAAAAGGUGGCUGUGGCCCGAUUGAACUACAAGGAGGUCAGGCCGGGCGCGUUUGGCGAUCCGGAAAGCUACAGCCACUCUUGCCUUCUGAGCCACCGAACAUGCCUUCGGCCGUGGCACGACGGUUGUUCGAGGACCAAAUACCCUCCAUCAUGUCCGUCUACGAGGUGGACAGCGGGAUCACGGACCUGGACCAGUCGAAUCCCGUCACGAUAGUCGACCCCAAGCUGGUCAUGGAGGACGCAAAGUUGCCCGGAGAUUCGCGGUCGGCAGCAAGGCCCGGCGCCUUGCCCACGGAUUCCGCCCACAGGCACAACGAUAGCACAUCAACCCAGACGACCGAGUCGGCAGACUCCUCUCCCACAACAACCGUCUCAUGCACUGACUCGUCCGACCUCUCCGACCCGUCUCCGUCCUCGUCUCCUGAUUCUCCCGUUAAUCGAACGCACCUGCCAAGCUUCGCUCCGACCUCCUUUGCGGGGUUAUCCAACAUGGCCACGCUGAGCGUCUCGGACCCGAACCAGGAUCGGCCCAGGACAUCGCCGGCACCCAGACGGCUCAAAAACAUGAAGGGUCUUUCCAUCCAAACACCCUCGGGCUCUCUUUCCUCCUCCCUGCUAUCGGAACCCUCGUCGCCGUCGUUCAUCAAGCCCAUGAUCGCCCCCAUGAAGCGGAAGCCUAGUCAGCUCAGCAUCAAGACAAACUCCUCCGACCUCAUCGCGCGCACGACCCUCGAGGUGCCCAGGUCGCCCACCGUCGCUCCGAUUUUGCAGCGCCGUGCCCUGAAACACUCGGCGUCGACGCCGCAGAUGCUGUCGGGUCUGAGGUCUGCAACGUUCGGCCCAGCUGGCGGCAUGACAAUACCGACCGUCCUGGAGCGCAACGAGUCUGGGCUUUCGUCUUUUUUCCGCCCGCCGCGGCCGCCCGGCACCGCUGGGCUGGAUUCGACCAUCACGGAGGAGGAUUCGCCAAUACGGCCGCAGAUCGCUAAUCGCACUGCCUUUGACACGGAGCCCUACCACGAGGUUGAGAAUAAUGAGGACCAAAAGUCCCCCGGGUAUCCAGAUGGCCCGAUCGCCAUCUACGGCGACAGCGUCUAUCUCUACUUGGAGCCGACCGCAGAAGAGGCGGCUCGCUUCGACGUCGUCAUCAACGUCGCCCGCGAAGUCUCCAACCCCUUUCAGGCCGCCAAGAGCAGGCAAAGAUCGCCAAGUAUCAAGGAGACCCCCGCCGAGGACUCUCCGAUUCCGGACACUGCAGUGACAACCGCCAGUUUCACCACCGCCUAUGAGUACUUCCCUGACGAGGCCGGUGGCGACACGCCAACAACCCCUAAGGCCCAGCCUUUGAAGGAGCCGGAGUACAUCCACAUGCCCUGGGACCACAAUACAGACAUCACUCAGGAUUUGAUGAUGUUGUGCGAGACGAUUGACAAGCGCACGAAGGAAGGGAAGAAGGUGCUUGUACACUGCCAGCAAGGCGCCAGCAGAUCGGCGAGCCUGAUUAUCGCCUACGGCCUGUACCAGAACCCGGAACUGAGCGUCAACGACGCCUACUAUGCCGCUCAGGCGAAGAGUCGGUGGAUAAGCCCGAACAUGAGACUGAUGUACUCGCUGCAGGACUUCCAAAAGGAGGUUUCCAAGAGGAGGCUCGCGUCUAGUGCCGGCUUGAAGCCGCGGUCGGGAAGAAGCCCGACAAAGCACCGCGCGACCCUGUCGGCGGACAACAUCGAGGUGGCACCAAAGAAGCCGCUCUCCGCCCCGCUACCGCCCGACGGACCGGCCUCGAAAAGUGUAAGCCCCGAGCGGAGUCCGGCCCGGGCCCGGGGGAACUCUACUCCAAACCGAGGCGAGCCGAUCUCACCAGGCCCUUCCUCUGCACCGUCGAGCUUUUCGUGGUCCGAAAAGGAGGACGAGUCGGACCCAGGCAAGUUCGGUCGCUUCAAUCUCGACUCUGUUCUUGCGCCCAAGGAAGCCGACUCGGCGUCCACAUCGUCGUCUUUGCCCUCGCAGCCUUUGCCCUCACCAGGGCUUGCGCCUCCGAUGUUGUUGAAACCGCCACGAUUAACGAAGCAUGCUCCCGCGCCAAUAUCGAGACCGCCGCCGUCGCCCGGACUGGUCCCGCCCGAUAUUUCGCGGCCGCCCAUGUCGCCCGGGCUCCCGCCAUCGAAUCCUUCAUUCCCGAGACCACCACCUUCGCCGGGAUUUGGUGCGCACAGGUUCGGGUCGCGGCUCGGUGGCUUGCGGUUUACGUCUCUCAAUCUCGAUCCGUCUCCACCGAAGCCCAAGCCCGUAGCGGAGGAAGAGCCGGCUCCAGAACGGCGCGUCAGGGUCAUGCGAAGCUUCCCCGACGAUGCGGCACUGAUGUCACCACGCGCAGAAACCAUGACCAACAACCCGAUCCAUCAGUCGUUUUCCGGGCUCCCGGGGAUGCAGUUCGUCGAGGUGCCGCCGACUCCAAGCGACGGCGUGUUCUCGCCGCGCGAGACCCUGUUUCCUCGCGAUCCGUUCUACCCAUUCGGUCGAACGACACAGAUCGCCGAUCCGCGCAGCCCUCCGACCAAGGGCGAGACGCCUAUUGUGCGGUCCAUCGACGAUGUGUUAUGAGCGGACAGCAGCCAUGCGGACGGCCGGCCUGCAGACCUUUCGAACAGCAGCGUCGGACCUGCAAUAGCGGUCGAAGCACGGAGACAAUGCCACGAGGAAACCGCGCAUCCAACAUACA